ACAAAUUUUAUCCAAAAUAUAAAUUAAUCAACAUUAAAUGCAUUGUUGAUCCAUGUCAUAAUUAGUCAUGUCACAAUUGUUAAUAUAUCAAAAACAAAUUGUACAGAAAACAUCUAAGCAAAAUUUGAAAAACCACUUUUCAACUAAUGCUAUGAGAUUCUUACCAUUGAUAACAGAAGUUUUAGUGUGGAACUUUUAAUAAUUUUAAUAACUUAUUAAAAAAAUUUAAAAAAUCGAUGCAAAUUUCAAAAUUAAAACACUAAAAAAAAUUUAAUACCUGUUUGAUGCAAGCUUUAAAAUUUAAAUAUUUAUGUAUUUUAUAGUGUACAUCGUUAUAUUUUUAUAUAUUAGUGUGAAUAUCUAUUAAAUGAGAUUUCUUACUCAUGUGAUUUUAUGAUUGUUUGUAUCUUGUUGUGACAAAAUAUUUAAGCAAUUAAUUACACAAUAUAACAUAUACGAUUUUUUUUUAAAUUUAUAUGGUUAAUGUGAUUGUUUAAUUUAUUUUAACAAUAUAAAAUUAAAUAAAAAUGAUUAAGGAUACAAAAUUGUUCUCAAAUCUUUAUUAUUAAAAUCAUUAAUUGUUAUAGAUAUAUUUUAAUUACACUAUGAAAUUAAUGUGUCUUUUAUUUAAAUAAAGAAGGAAAAAUAUUAAAUUUAUAGUUUGAGAUUUACGUAAAAGCAUUUUAGUGAUGACAUGUAUAUUAUGGUCAAUAAACUUUCAACAAUAAAAAUGUUGUUAAUGCUCCUCGAAUAAUAUAUAAUGGUCAAUAAACUUUCAACAACAAAAACAAGUUUCCUCGAAACUCCACUUUUACAAUUAUUUGAAGUACUUUGUGGUGGUAUAAUAGAAUGGUGGUAUGGGAAGAGUAUGUGAGUGAUGAGACGAUGGGCACUAUAGCUCCCAUUAUUGUCUAUUGGAUUUACGCUGGAGUUAACCAGUUUCUUAGCCCUUCUUUAGAUAAGUACCGGCUUCACACCCUUGAUGAAGAGAAUGAAAAAAACGUAAUACCGAUCACCACAGUGGUCAAAGGAGUCUUGCUUCAACAGCUUCUCCAAAUCUUAAUUACCCAACUUGGAUUCUUUAUUACUUCCUAUACAGAGGAAACCUCAAGGCCAACGGUCCAACCCUCAGUACUAAUCCAGAUCCUUCAGAUAUUAAUAGCCAUGUUCAUAUUCGACACAUGUCAGUACUUCGUCCACCGCUACAUGCACCACAACAAGUUCCUCUACCGCCACGUCCACUCGCACCACCACCGCCUCGUGGUCCCUUACGCGGUCGGGGCUCUCUACAACCAUCCGGUGGAAGUCAUAUCCGACAUGCUCGGUGGAGCCGCUGCGUUUUUUGGGUCAGGGAUGACGCCGAGAACUAGCGUUUGGCUCUUCUGCCUCAUCACCGUCAAGGCCGUAGAUGAUCACAGCGGUCUACGGCUUCCGGGGAACUUGUUCCACGUUCUGUUCAAGAAUAACGGCGCUUAUCACGACGUUCACCACCAGGUUAACGGCGUUAAGUAUAACUACUCGCAGCCGUUUUUCACGUUCUGGGACAGAGUUAUGGGGACUUACAUGCCGUACAACGUCAUGAAACGGCCCGGAGGAGGGCUCGAGGUUAGGAUGAUGAAGAAACGUUCAUAAUUAUAUGCUCCCUUGUUUCAGUUUAAUUGGUUUGAGUAAAACAUUCCGUUUCAAAAUCAAUGUUGUUUAAAAUUUAUAUGCAAAAUUUAUUAACAAAAUUUUUCAUUUUAUUUUUCUAUUUUUUUAUAUAUGGUGUAUAUGCAUCUUAACGAUAAACCUAACGUUGGCUAAAAUAAAAUGGAGUAUAUACAGAUAACUAGAUAAAUCUUGAUAUUAAUUUCCAUGUAACUAGCUUUACUCAUCUGAUAAUUAACGUUACUCAUCAGAUAGUCAUUUUUAAGUUUUGUCAUAAAAAUAGUCCUAAAAAAAUGACCAAAAUAGCCUCCUCUUUUGUUUAGAAAAUUUUUAUUUUUAUUUUUUAUUUUUAAAAAUUUAAAACACUAUCCCCAAAACUCCACCAAUUAACUCUAAACCUAACUCUAAACUAGUUAACCCUAGAAUAAAUUUUUUACCUUUUAAUAAAAUUUAUUUUGGUCAUUUUUUUUUAAAAAACUAUUUUUGUGACAAAAACUCAAAAAGACUAUCUUAUAAAAUUUUUCUUAGCUUACUUUUCAUUCAAUAACGUAUGUCAAAAUCUACCAUUGAUAAUAGUGUCAGUUAUUCUGUAGCUUUGGAGAAGUUAAAAGUAUUUCCAAAAGAGAUAUCUACGACCUUAAAAAACGCAUUGGUCUGUUGCAUAUCUAUGGAACAAGACGGUCACAUGAUGAUAAUUGUGAAGCUAGCCAAGAGACAACACGUGACAAAGUAAGUAAGACGCAUUCAUUCACACAAGAUUAACUCAAGACACUUGGAGAAACGUUUAAAAUCAGACGGGCAAA